AUGAAUCCCAUCUUGAACCGUACAGGCAACGCCCGCCGUGAUGUCGAAGUCCGAAGGAGGAGGAGGACGUCGCAAUGUCGCAGUACACACGACCGUGGUAUGGCGUGGACGGAUCGAGGGACGAGGUGUGGGGUUUGUGGGCAGAAUUGUGAUGAUGAGGAGGAUGUUGUCGUGAUCGUUGUCGAAUUCCGAAGAUGCCUCUCCCAAGCGGCCAAACGCGCAGUCGAAGACACCCUCAACGACCGCAAGCACUACCCCAAACCCGUGCCAGCACAUACCGAGAGACGCACCGAAGAGCGCAUGAAAGGCACUCCGUCAAGAGAAGGGCAGGCAAGUCAGCAGGAGAUCACGAAAGAGGAUAAACACGAACAUCUUGAAGGAGACAAAGCGAGCAUCUUCGUAAUACCCAAGCGUCGAUAUCGCGAGUGCGGCACCAAGGAUAUCGCGCCUGUAAAAAUCGCAUUGCACCAUUCGAGACCCGCGAAACGGCGCCAUGCCAGCAGCUUGACCUGCGCAAGCAAGGAGGAUGUCAAAAGCGUUGUGAAGGCCGGUUUGGUUGACGUCAAAUUCGUAGGACGGAAGCGGAGGAGUGGGUGUUUCUUGAUGAUGGGCAUCCCCGGUGUGGAGGUCGAAGACGAAGUCGCUAACGUCGCCCUUGGCUUCCCUUCCGCUUUCUGA